CUGAUUCAGAAGCACCAACGUCAGACGACUGACGAAGAUGCUUCCAGCGUUGCCGAGUCGCACGGUGACUCGUCGCUCGACGACUACGAUCUCGACGACGAAGAGUUCGACGAUGAAUUUGAGUUCGACGGCGUGGACUCUGACGGGGUUCACGACCGCUCGGGCUCUUCAUCGUCCUUGUUCGGUGGUAAGUGUAUGCAGUGA